AUGCCGCUGGGAAAGAAAAACCGUCCCACCUCUGCUCAAGGCAAAAUCGAGACCCAGAAAGUACCCAGUAUUCUGACUGAGAUUGAGCCAGUGCGUGGAACCACUGGACACAGUCCACUGAGACAGACUGGACAGAGGCGUCAUAGUUAUAAGGUUCCCUCUGCUGGAGGAUCUGAGCUGGGUGAUGAUCGUACAGAGAAAAGUCCAAACCCGGACUGGCUGGAGAGAGAACUCCUGAGGCAAGAGCACAGACGAUACUCUUUUGCUCUUGGAGACACAAAACUGACCACCCAACAGCACAACAUAAGAUACCCUGCCUCGUCACUCUCUAAGCUGAAGAUUGAGCAGAGGGUGUCCCUUGAAAAUCUCAAAAAGCUGAAACAGGCCUUUGAGGAUUUUGAAAAGGCUGGCACCAGAUCUCUUGGCCUCCCUCAGUUCAGGCUCAUCAUUAGGAAGUGUUUGGGUUUGCGUGACAUUAGUGAUGCUCAAAUUCAUGAGCUCUUCAUGAAGAUUGAUUACUCUGGACAAGGCAGCGUUGAAUGGGAUGAGUUCUGCACAUAUAUGCAGUUGGAGUACACUGAAAAGGAGGAGUCAGUGAUUCGCAGCAAGCAGGUGGCCUUUGCGUUGCCAGCUAAUAUAAAGCCGCUGAGUCACGGAGAGCCCAUUCUACGCAUCCACCCCACUCCUGAUGGGACCAUAGUGACUGUUAGAGAAGAUGGGACAGUGAACUACUGGAGCUCCAAACUUCAACUGAGAAAGAGCAAAAAUAUGUUUCAUGAAAAACCCAUUGGACGAAUGCCAAAGUGGGCCACUGAUUUCACCAUCAUGCCACAAUACAACAAGCUGAUCAUUGGAACAGGGGACAGAGAAAUCCAGCUGUAUGAGCUUUCCUCGCUGGAGCCUUACUGUCAGCUAAACUCCCUGGAAACAGUGCCUCUGAAAUUAGACUACUGCUACACCGGCCCUGAUGAAUGCGUCAUUGUGUAUGGUGAUGUUCAGGGCUGCGUGAACAUCAUACUAAUGACAUCGGUGGGGGAGACGCUGAGAUUGUGGAAGAAGUUACCAAGGGUCGAGAAUGUGCCCAGCAUUGGUAUCGAUCAUGCAGUCCAGUCUCCAAACAUGACUUACAUUAGAUGGAAAGUCCACCAAGACUGGGUAACAGAGGUGAAAUAUUUCAAAAGCAUUCCUGCUGUUGCCUCCACAUCGAACCAUGAAGCCUCUGCCCUUGUUAUCGGCUGCAUACUUCCAUCCACCAACAUCGAGCAGCAGAUGAGGGAGAUUAAGGAGGUCUGCCGGGAGGGGAAGCCCAAAAAAGUGGCUUAUGGCCUUGGUAGCCCUCAGCAAAGAGCAGCCUGCGACCAGACUGUCUUUCCCAUUUAUAAAGGAGUCAUGACUUUUGACAUCUGUAAGAUACAUAACCUACUGGUCACUGGAGGGAUGGACAGGCUGAUACGCAUGUGGAAUCCCUAUGUUCCUGGGAGGCCUACGGGGAUUUUGAAAGGUCACUCAGCUCCCAUCUUCUACCUCCACAUCUCCACAAAGGACAGCCGCAUUUUCUCAGUCUCCACAGACAACACUGCUAGGAUCUGGGACAUCCAGGAUCAGUCCUGCCUUUUUGCUGCUCACCCAAAGGCCAGUCUGCUGUAUGGUGACCUCUCUGCCUGCCUGUACUCGUCAGCAGUGAAGGGACUCUAUAUAGCCACUGAUUCACUUGCACUGCUGUCCCUCAAAACCAAAGCAGAGCCACAGGGCUGCUUCAUUAUGUCCCAUAAGGAGGUGGUGCUGUGCUGUGGUUACAGCGUGGAGUUUCGGCAGGUGGUGAGCUGUACCGAAGGCUCGGUGAUUAAAGUCUGGGACGUAGACACAGGAAAUCAAGUGUUUGAAUAUGGAGGCGCUCACGGACUCUCUGCCAUAACCUGUAUGACCUUUGACCCAAAAGGAAGAAGACUUGUCACAGGUGGAAGAGAUGGCUACCUUAAGAUCUGGAACUUCAACAACGGCCACUGCCUGAAGACCCUCAGUCGAGAGAAUGGGGGCGCGGAGAUCUGCGACUGCUCCUAUCUGCAAGUGCACAGAAACGCAUUUAUAAUUUCUGUCGGCUGGGACCAGAGGAUUGACGUUUACUUAGAUUCCCCAGAGGACACUCACCAUGUUCAGAGUCCACAACCCUCAUGGCAGGAUGAUCUGAGGAAAGGACACAAGGAGGACAUCCUUUGUAUUGCCCAGUGUCCACCGUAUCUGCUGGCCACAGCCAGCUAUGAUGGAGAGAUCAUUGUGUGGAAUCUGGUAUCAGGACACAUCCAGUGCCGCUUUCUCUCACCGCUGCCUCCACACUCUGAGGAUGCUCAUCUUAUGGACAGAAGUGUGCUGAGUCUGGUCUUCUUAAGGACUCGAGCAUUAGAUGCUGCAUUCUCCUCUGCUGCUUCUCUCCUCUCUUCUGGGGCUCAAGGUCAUGUCCAUUUCUGGAACGUGUUGAAUGGGGGGAAAUUUUUGACAUCUUUUAAAGCGUCUAGACUCCAGCAGCAGAUUACAAAGUUGGCAGUCACUCAGGACGACUGCCUGCUGUUCGCUGCUGAUCAUGUAGGGUACAUCUAUGUUUAUGACAUCGAGCAGUGUGCCCUGACCCGCGAACAAAAGCCUCCCAAUACCGUGAAUUUUUGGCGCGCACAUAUUGGCAGCAUAACUGGCUUGCAGAUCAUUGAGAACGAUCGAGUUCUGCUCACCUCUUCCACGGAUUGCACUGUGCGUCUGUGGAGCAUCCAUGGGGAAUUCAUAGGUACUUUUGGGCAGCCUGAGAGAUGGAGCCUGCACACUGAAUCCUCCUGGAAACACCCUGCUGUUCCUUAUGAAGUUCUAAUAGAUCCUCUGAGCAUGCCCUCCCACUGCAUGCUGGAGGGGAAGUUGACAAUGUCAGAUGUUCUUAGCUCUGGGAGUACUGGGAGCACUGGGAACACUAGAACUGAGUCAGAAUCCCCCAACAAGGUCAGACACCCGCUGCCAAGCUUCUCCGACAGAGAGAUCGAGGAGGAGAUUAACAGCUCUUUUUAUCCUGAACAUGGGAAGUGGCUUCGGCAUGAAAUAUUCAAACAUGCUAACAAGACCCUGAACCAUGGGGGCCCCAAGGCCUACCACACUUUGAAGUACUUCGAUGUUGUUGAUGCUCCUACCACAUGCGAGAAGCCCGAUCUCUCCCUUGCAGGGAUCGAUCCCUUCAUAGCCAGCUCUGUGGAUGAGAAACCCUCCGGAAUAUAAAUGAGUUCUGCUCAGUAAGGUACGUUAAGGAGACUCUGGGAAGUUUGCAAUCCCCUUUUUACAGCCCAAAGAGACCAUAUCAAUUUAAGCCUUAUACAUACCACAUGUCGUUCUACUGGGAAUAAAUAAUUUUUUUUUUUUUUUUUUGGGAAAGAAUAUUCAGAUCAAAGAAAGCUAUUCAAAAUUGAUGAUGCUAUAAAAGUGGUCUUUCUUCUUAGGGGUGCUGCAAUACGUUCACUGGAUAACUUCUGAAAUGUUUCUCUUGGCUUAGCCAGCAUUGUCAAAGAAAGCCCAGAGACAUUUUACUCAAGUUGCACAAGCUCAUUUCAGGACUGACAAAAAAGUGAGAAAAACAGAAGAAUUGAGCGACUAAUGUUUUAUUUCUGCUUGUAGUGAUUCUGUGCUCUGUUGAUAACAUAUCCAGAACAUGCAUGAGGUUUGCAACAUUCUUAAAGGGGAAUUUCAAAAUUUUUGCACAAUGACAUCAUCACGAUACAAAGUCAUGCAAAAUGGCUUGAUGUGAAAUGCGCUGUUCUAGACAAACUUGAGUCAGAACUGUUCACAACAGAAGUGAGAGGAACCAGACGUCCAAAGCAUCUGAAAGCUCAUCAGAACAUUGCAUGAAAUGAAUAUCAAUAAAUUGCCUGAUGCCUGAAACUGAGUGUUUACAUGCACUCAAUAACAAUAAUCCAAUUCAUUAUCGGAUUUCUGCAGUUGUCAGAUUAUUCAAAUGGUUAUGUAAAUACCCUAUUCCGAUCUAGAAAUCUGAUAAAGAGGGCUGGAUUUUAGCUCAGUAAUUAUGUUUCUCAGUGCAUGUAAACUCUUACUCUGAUUUCUUUCGGGUUUGUCAGUCUGAGCAUGUACGAAAACGGAUCGCUGUACCAGAAAAUGAGCAAGCUACAAGAUGGCAACAUGAUGAAACCGACUAUAUUCUCAACUAAAUGAAGGAUUUAAAUAUUCUUCAUCUAGAUGAUGCAUGUUCAUUUUUUCUGAUAAUGUGGUGCAAUGUUUUUUGUUUUUUUUUAAAAAGGCAUGGUCUGAAUUUUGAGUUUACAUUUGACUGGUGAUUUUGGAUAUUAAAUAAAAUGGCCAUGCUUGUGUUGUAGACAUCAUGACCCCUGGUUCCAAGCAAGCUAAUUCCUCUACAGUGCAUCAUUCUGAAUGACUUUGUUUCCAUCUCAACAACUGCAUUAUGAAGAAAUUUUGAAAUAUUGGCAGAAUUCCCCUUUAAGCUUCACAGGACAGGUUUGUAUGAUGCAAAACAAUCGUGGUA